AUGAACAGCUUUACCAGGAGCCUUUGGAAGUCACUUAAGUGCGGACGGGCGGCAUGGCCAAGACACAGCUCCGCUCGCGCCGCAGAGCAGCAUUCACCAAGACUGGUUCUGGGCAUAGAGACAAGCUGCGAUGACACGGGGGCUGCCGUGGUGGACGAGAGCGGCGCCGUCCUGGGAGAAGCGCUGCACUGCCAGAGGGAAGUGCACCUGAAAAAUACGAAUUGUAAUUCCUUGUUUUUUUUAACCAGAACAGGUGGGAUAAUUCCUCCGGUGGCACAGCAACUUCACAGAGAAAACAUUGAGCAAGUGGUAAAAGAAGCUCUCAGUGUCAGUGGAGUUUCUGUAAAUGACCUUGCUGCUAUUGCAACUACAGUGAAACCAGGCCUUGCCCUGUGUCUUGGCGUGGGAUUGGAAUACAGCUUAAAAUUGGUGGACAAGUAUAAGAAGCCUUUCAUACCCAUUCAUCACAUGGAGGCUCAUGCCCUAACCAUUAGACUGAUAAAUCAGGUGGAAUUUCCUUUCUUGGUCCUUCUGCUAUCUGGAGGCCACUGCAUUUUGGCAGUAGCACAAGGAGUUUCAGAUUUCCUUCUGCUUGGGCAGUCGAUAGAUAUAGCACCCGGUGACAUGUUGGAUAAGGUAGCAAGAAGACUGUCCUUAAGCAAACACCCAGAGUGCCAGAGCAUGGCUGGGGGGAAGGCCAUAGAGCACGUGGCUCAGGCUGGAGACUGGCGGUGUCACACGUUCAGAGUUCCCAUGCAACAUUACCGUAACUGUGAUUUUUCUUUUUCUGGACUUCAGAAUCUUGUCAACAAAGUAAUCAUACAACAAGAAAAAGAAGAAGGUGUUCAGGAGGGAGAGCUGCUGUCUUGUGCUAAGGAUAUCGCUGCUGCUGCACAGCACGCAGUGGCUGUGCAUAUUGUCAAGCGGACGCAUCGAGCCAUGCUGUUCUGCAUAAAGCAUAGCAUAAUAUCACCCAAAAAUGCAACUCUGGUUGUAUCAGGAGGAGUUGCAAGUAAUCAGUAUAUCCGAAAAGGGCUGCAGAUUGUGGCAGAUGCAAACGGUUUUGCUUUCCUGUGUCCUCCCCCGAGGCUGUGCACUGAUAAUGGUGUUAUGAUUGCGUGGAAUGGCAUUGAAAGGUUACGUGCAGAACUUGGUGUUUUAAACUGUACUGAUGGCAUCCGCUAUGAAGCAACUGCUCCACUGGGCAUUGAUAUCUCAAAAAGAGUUGAAGAAGAUUCAAUCAAGGUGCCAAGACUAAAACUGAAGAUUUGAUGGUUGGCAUCAGAUUGAGUAGUAACUGAAUAAAACCCAAAUACAAAUUCCUCAGUAAGA